GAAAAUAUGAGCUAUCUAGUCGGUAGAUGAAAUCUAUUAGUAUAGGAUUGAAUGGUUGGAAAAUAUGAAUAUCCGACCCAUAUAUAAUUGAUUCGGUCCUAAUCAUGUCAUGGAAGGAUUCUUUCAACAGUGAGAUCAGCUAAAUUUUAACUUCUUGCGGGAAAUUUCUCAAAGCAUGUAAAUAAGAUAACUAGAUAAGACCAAGAAUGGAGUCAAAUUGUCAGACAAAAAUCAUGAACAAUCAAUGAUAAAGAAUGGUGUGAAGCAAUAAUUUUUGAAACACAUUCCCAGAUUGGGUUGUGAGAAUCAGCUACCACAGCAUAUGUCAUGUCAGAAGCUCCAGCUGCUGCCGAUGUGCUGCUCUCCAGAAGGGUUCAGGAAAUGGUCAUCAAUGGCGAGGAGCCAUCAGGGCCAUAUAUUUGCAGAGGUGGGGAAGAAGAAGAAGAAGAAGAAGAGCCCUGCAGUAAUACUUCUGACAUUCCCACCAUUGAUUUAAGCAGUUUUUUGAACCACGGAGAGACCGAUCAGACAGAAGAACUAGACAAACUCAGAUCAGCCCUCUCGUCAUGGGGUCUUUUUCAAGCCGUAGGACAUGGGAUGUGUACCUCUUUUCUAGAUAAGGUACUACAAGUUUCAAGGGGAUUCUUUCAACAACCAAUGGAAGAGAAAAUGAAGUAUGCCAAAGGGCUAAAAGACUUUGAAGGUUAUGGAGCUGACCCCCCUCCUCAAGAGGGACAACCACUUGAUUGGUCUGAUCGCCUCUAUCUCAAUGUCCAUCCUCAAGAUAUGAGAAACUAUAGUUUUUGGCCAAAAAAUCCAGAGUCUUUUCGAGAAGUAUUGGAAGAGUACACGGAGAAGAUCAAAACGGUGACCGAAUUGACCUCAAAAGCCAUGGCAAGAUCACUAAAUUUGGAAGAAAGUUGCCUCCACAGACAGUUUGGUGAGAGAUCACAACUGAGUGCAAGGUUCAACUACUAUUCACCAUGCCAAAGGCCAGAUCUUGUUCUUGGCCUAAAGCCCCACUCAGAUGGGUCAGGCUACACAGUAAUCAUACAAGAUGAAGCUGGGCUCCAAGUUCUCAAGAAUGACAAAUGGUUCACUGUUCCUAAAAACCCGCAUGCCAUCCUGGUUAUAAUGGGUGAUCAAAUGGAGAUAAUGAGUAAUGGGAUAUUCAAGAGCCCAGUUCAUAGGGUUUUGAGCAGUUCAGAGAGCGAUAGAAUAUCAGUAGCUGUAUUCUAUACACCUGAAAUAGGAACAGAAAUUGGACCAGAAAAGGGGUUAUUUUUUAAUGAUGAAGAACGAAGGGUUUACAAGAGGGUGAAAGAUUAUGCAGAUCUUCAUUGGGAAAAUUUCCAAAGCGGGAAGGGGAUGAGAGCAUUGCUCCACAUAGCACAUGUCUAGAAACUCUACUACUAAUAACUUUUAUCCAUGGUUGUUCGCUAAAACUAAUAAGGUCCCAAUUAUUUACCAAUGGUUAAAAUUGUAUGUAUAGAACUGUAAAUUAUAAUGCUAUGUAUGUAUGUAUGUUCCAGUCACAUAUCUCAAGUUCACUCACAAAUUGAACUUUUAGGUUAAAUGGUGUGCUUUUGUGCAUAUGUUCUCUUAUAAUCUCUCAUAUUUUUUAACGUC